ACUGCCCUGCUUUGCAUAGGAUGGAACACCCUCGCUACCGUCACUCAGGAGAUGGGGUUCCUGUGAGUUUCCUGGUCGUCCGCCUAGCCUCGAUCUGGCCGGACAGGGGAAACACUUGGAAUACUCAGAACAAAAGCAACAACGGACCGAACAGAGUGGGCUACUGAGGAAAUCAAGUUCAGCCUCGGGAUAUUAAUUAUUUAACGAGAAGCGUUAAGUAGAUUAUAGGGAUAUAGGCCUAUGUUUUAAUCUGAAGGCAUAAGAUAUAAACAAAGUUUUCUAGUUGUCUCGCAUCAUUGUAUCCGAGACGAUUAUCCUUUUGAGGGCUUCAUAAAGCGACAAGGGUCAGACGGUAUUGUUUCCCUGUUUCGCUGUGGCACACAAACUUUAGUCAUUAAGCUGUUUCAGAAAGAGCAGUUGGAAUUACAUGUAUUAUGCGUACAACAUCCGAUAACAAGACUGGGGCAUAGCCUAUAAUCGGAGGCUAUACUUCAUCCUUUGAAGACUGAGAACUUGACUGAACAAAGCCAGCUCUGGAAAGGGACGGAAGAAACGGACAGUGAUAUCACUGAUGGCAACAUACAGUGACCUUAACAGAAAAACAGGACUAGCGGUGGACAUGAGAGAACCUUUGAAGAGUGAUGUUAUACAGGCAGAAGGUGUUGAAAAACAUGCACUGCCACGCCCCUCAAAGGGAUCCCACCAACCGAGCCCUAAUGGAAAAACACGACUAUCCUGUGCAGCAGACAGCAAUUCAAGUGGGGGAAGAGGUGGUUCUGUGAGUUUCAGCACCAACCACAAUUCAGUAGUGUGCCUGCCUUUGGUGUCAGAGGGUCUGAAAUUGGUGUGGACACAAUCUGACCAGACACGUGAACUAGACUCUAUCCCAGAGCUGGUUCAGGCUUUUAAUGUGUUCCCCUACCCAACAUCCCGUGAGGUGAAUGCCCUAGCCCGGCACUGCGCACUGCCACUGGAUAAAGUCAAGGUGUGGUUUAUGGUGCAGAGAAUCAAAUAUGGCAUCAGCUGGGCAUCAGAGGAAAUUGAGGAAACGCGACGCAAGUUGGCUGGACCUGAGCUGGCGGGCGACUGCGCAGAGACAAAGGGGGAGAACAAGAUGAAGAGAAAAGGAUUUGAAGAGUCUCCAAAAGAGGCAGAGGAUAAUGAUCAAAUAGAGGGUAUUCUCUUGUCCCCUCACAUCCCUCAGAAGAAAUCCAAAUAUGAGACACCAGAACACUUCAAACCAGCCAAAACAGUCCCAUGUUUCAGUUCCUCCCUCCCGCCCCCUGAGGACUCGUACUACUACCGCCCCCCUGCAGACAUGCCCGGAAGCACCGCAGUAGAUACCUCAGUGGACCUUUCAGAUGCCUCUACCCAACAGAGACGGCAUGGGCGCUACAAGAAGUCCAAAGCUCAGCUUGCAGUCCUUCGCAGCAGCUUCCUGGUAGAGAAUUGGCCAGCGGAAGCAGAACUGAGGCGUCUGCAGGAAGAGACGGGUCUGAGCCGGAAUGACAUCCGCAAAUGGUUUAGCGACAGUCGUUAUCAGCUUAGAAAUGGACGGGGCUUGGUUGGAGUGUCCCAGGGCUAUCCACAUCCCAUUGUUACGGAAGCAAAGAAUGAGGCUCAUCAGCUUCAACCUCUUCCCCUUGUUGCUAACAAGGUCCGUACUGAACCAAAUGGUGUGGAAGACAAAAGUAAGGCUUUGGGAAGAGGAGGACGUAGUAAUGGGAUAAAAGAUUCUCACUUCUUCCAGACUUUCCUGUCGAAUAGCAUUGAAGCAUUUGGGGAGAGAGCAGUGGGAGUGGAGGUGGAGAGAGAUGAGGUCAUGGAGGAGACCUCUGUCCAAAAAGACACGUUUAAAGAGGCAGAGAUCGAAAGCGAAGAUGAAAGGCCUCUUCAACUGGUCAAGGUCAUCAAAGAGACAGAAAUUCCACAGCAACUAUCGGAGGGUACUAUCCCCUCCCCGUCUUCCUCCCCUUCUCUAUCUGCCACCCCACCACCACCGACUGCUGCUCCCUCUAUCAGACAUCUCUCUAACAACUCGCAGAAGUCAGCUUGUUCUGCCAAAGGCAAUUCUUCACAUGGAGCCCAGCCCCUCUCCAGUCCUCUUUCAUCACCCUCUCCUGCUCUAACGCCUGCAGGCCGACCACGCAAGACCAAGGAGCAGCUGGACAUAUUAAAGCAGCACUUCCUGACCUGCCAAUGGCCAAAGAGUGAGGACUACACACAGCUAGUCGAGCUAACAAGCUUGCCCCGAGCAGAUGUCAUCCAGUGGUUUGGAGAUACUCGUUAUGCUGUUAAAAAUGGUCAACUACGCUGGGUGCAGGGUGUCCGGGAGCAAUUCCUGGCUGAGCUUGCAAUGCAACAAAAUGGCAGUGGGGUUUCCAACAGCAAUGGUUUGAGUGGGACUCUUCGGGGUGGAGGGGGCCGUAAACGAAAGUCUCAAGUUAGCGCCAUAACAUCACCUGCAUCCACUGCUGAUUCACCUGACAUCAAUCCACUGGAGGUGUACUAUCGCCUGACUGGGGUGCUUCAAGAGAAGGAUCUGGACUCCCUUUGCAAAAAGUCCAGAAUGAGCUACCAGCAGGUGCGAGACUGGUUUGCAUCACAGGAAGCAGUUGUAACUGAACCGAAAUCCAAUGCUACUGAUUAAAGCAGAGAGGCUAAAUAUGCAAAGGCCUUAUCUGGAAAAAUUGGAAAUAAUGGGAUAUUCCAUUUGCCACAUUUUGGACGCCAAGCAUUAAUGAUGGAUUGUAUUGCUUUAAUCUGAGUUUUGUAACUUUUAAAAGACCCUAGUCUUUCCAGGCCAAGGACAGAGCUCGGGUUGGUUGUGUUGAAUGAUGGCUGCACUGUUAUUCUAUAUUUGGACUUGAAAUCAUGCUUGUGCUGCCUAUGGAACUACUGUUGGUAUGGCAGUACCUAGUACACUGGUUUGUUUAUUGAUUAUUGUAGUUUACUUUCCGAGUUUACUUACGUUUCCAUCAUUAAAUAUAAUUUUAGUGCA